CCAGCAGCACCGUGGACGGCCAUCUGUUCCGCUCCUCUUCCGUGAAACCCGACUCUCCUGUGCGAUCUGUCCUCAACGCGAUCUAACGUUUGAGAGACACGGACACAAACAGGCGAUUCUCAGCCGUCCUCCAUGUCAUCUGAUGGUUAACAUCUAUAUCUACUGAUAACAUGACGAGAUCAAAGAGUUUCGAAGAUGGUGACCAAGAGGAUACGCUCGGAGUACAUGAAGAAAUUCAAAGACCCCAAAUGGGAGACCUACACCAAGUGUUAUGAGGAGAUGGUGAAGUACAGGCUGACACGCCGGCUGCUGGAGCAAACACACAACCCCUGGUUCUGGAGCGGCUCAGACAGUGAUUCAGACUCAGCUGGAAGAAGUCCUCCCCCUCCUCCCAAUAAAAACCAGGUACAGGAUGAAACCAUCAGGGCCGGGAUGGAGGUCGAGCUGGAGGAGUGUCAGGGGGCGAGGACGGACAAACAGCUGGAGCUGCACGCCAGCCCUGCAGGGCCUGUACCCAGACUUGACAUUCAGGAGCAGGAAAAUGGAGGCUCCCUGCUUGAUGUUGUCAAACAGACGAGAGUACCAGAGGAGGAGAGGGAGGAGCAGAGAGCCAGCAGCAGAGGCAGUAAACAGUUACCAGUUUCCCACAGAGUGCAAGACCAAGAGGCUGGACAGCACAGAUCGCAGCAGAGUAAACCUCCCAAAUCCUCAAAACAAGCUUGGCUCUCCCAUCGCGUCGGACCUGCACCAUCACGGCAGCCCAAGGAGGAGAGUAAGGGCAGCAGACACUCUUUCGCUCUGUACGCUUCUGGAGAGAAGCAUGCAGACAUCGGGGCCAUGAAGACGCACAACGUCGGCCCUACAGCUUCAACAACUGAGAUCCACGAGUCGGCUCUACGCGCUAAGACCAGGCGGGAGGUGGAGCGUCAGGUCCAGACCCACAGAGCUGAGCGCCGGAAAGCCAAGUCUGUCGAGCUGGACAAGCCCAGGAAGGUGGUUCAACCCGAGUUCAACCCCUGGCUCACUGAGUACAUGCGCUGCUUCUCUGCUCGCUCACAAUAGGACAGACACAGACACACACGCACACACACACACACA